GGAUUUUCUAAACUUAUUUGCCACUGAUUUGUGUAGUUACUUCCCAACAUUUAUUUUUUACUUACAGAGUUAAUGGAAAUAAGUGCUCACUAUUGCUCAAUGAUGCUAUGCGUCAGUAGACGUACCACUCAACAAGUAAUUUUGGAUCACGUGAGUUUGCUAAAACGUUUCGAAAACCUUGUUUAUUGUCAACAGUAGACGUGUUUGAAUGGAAACUAUGUAGUGGACCCAGGCGUCUUUGAGUGGAAACGAUGUAGGGAACCCCACCCACCUUUACUUCAUAUUUAGACGUGCUUCCUGGAUCUGUGCUGACACAUAUUCAAGAAGGGAUCUAGGAACAGUUUGUAGACGAUCUAAGCAAUGAGUUACCCAGGCUACCCACCUCAGGCAGGCGGCUACCCACCGCAGGCAGGCGGCUACCCACCGCAGGCAGGCGGCUACCCUCCCGCAGCAGGGGGCUACCCACCUCAGGCAGGGGGCUACCCUCCCGCAGCAGGGGGCUACCCACCUCAGGCAGGGGGCUACCCUCCUGCAGCAGGGGGCUACCCACCUCAGGCAGGGGGCUACCCUCCCGCAGCAGGGGGCUACCCACCUCAGGCAGGGGGCUACCCUUCCGCAGCAGGGGGCUACCCUCCCCAGUCUGGAGGCUACCCUCCCCAAGGUGGCGGAUGCCCUCCUCAAUCAGGUGGAUUUCCACCAGUGCCAGGUGGUAAUUCCCCAUGGGGUGGUGCCGCUAUUGGACUGGAUAACUUAUCAAAUCCUGGAUUCAAUGCAUCACACCUCUCAGCAAUGGCUAAUCAAAUCACGUCAUCUUUUGGAGGAAUGAAUCCCAGUCCAGGGAUGUUCAGUCAAGCACCUACUGGAUACCCUGCUGCCCAGCCAGGGGGCUACGGGGCACCUCCUCCCAAUCAGCAGCCCUAUGGUACGUAUCCACAACCAGGAGGGAACAUGCCCCAGGGAAUGGGAUUUCCAGGAGGUGCCGCCCCGGGGCAACCCAUGCCAGGCUACCCAGGAGCCCCUCCAGCCAAUCCGUCCAUGCCUUCUUACCCAGGGAGCACCCCGGCUGGCUUAGCUCCAGCACCUGCACCAUUGAAGCCAGUGAACCGAGGCAGUAUUCGGGACUUUCCAGGUGCUGACCCCCUGAAGGAUGUAGAGGUGCUUCGAAAAGCCAUGAAGGGAUUUGGCACUGAUGAGCAAGCUAUCAUUGAACUUCUUGGAAAUCGCUCAAACAAGCAACGGGUACCUAUGGUCAUAACCUACAAAACAGCUUAUGGAAAGGAUUUAGUAAAAGACCUGAAGUCAGAACUUUCAGGGAACUUUGAGAAGACUGUCCUGGCCAUGUUGAAGACCCCGAUUAUGUUCGAUGUUUAUGAGCUUAAGGACGCUAUAAAGGGUGCCGGUACAGAUGAAGAAUGCUUGAUUGAGAUCCUGUCUUCUCGCUCAAAUGCAGAAAUCCAAGAAAUCAAUAGGGCCUAUAAAACCGAAUUUAAGAAAUCUCUGGAGGAUGCCAUUAGAAGUGACACAUCAGGACACUUUGAGAGACUGCUCGUCUCACUGUGCCAGGGUAACCGAGAUGAAAGCCAGAAUGUGGAUAUCACUUUGGCCAAACAGGAUGCUCAGGCACUGUAUGCUGCUGGAGAGAACAAGGUGGGGACAGAUGAAUCUAAGUUUAAUGCUAUCCUUUGCACAAGAAGCAAAGCCCAUCUAAGAGCAGUUUUUCAUGAAUAUCAGCAAAUGUGUGGCCGAGAUAUUGAAAAGAGCAUUUGCCGUGAGAUGUCUGGAAACCUGGAAAGAGGGAUGGUGGCAAUAGUGAAGUGUGUUAAAAACACUCCUGCUUUCUUUGCUGAAAGGCUCAACAAAUCCAUGAAGGGACUGGGAACAGAUGAUAAGACCCUGAUCCGAAUCAUGGUGUCCCGCUCUGAGGUUGACAUGCUGGAUAUCCGACAAGAGUACAAAAGGAUGUACGGCAAAUCCUUGUACACUGACAUCACAGGUGAUACCUCUGGGGAUUAUAAGAAGAUCCUGCUGAAGCUGUGUGGUGGAAAUGAUUAAGAGAUCCAUGAAUAUAAUUCAUUUCUUCAGCUCUACCUGUUCCAUGUCCUUUUCUCAGAAGAUUCAGUUUUGUUUCUUUGUGUACCUGUAUUUCUUUUUACAGUUGCAUGUUUUUUUUUAUGACACAUUAUAUAUAUAUAUAGAGAGAGAGAUAUAUUCAACCCUUUUUUUCACAAAUACAAAUCUUGUUUACACUCAUUUUAAUGUGUCAGUCUUGGAGAUUCUGCAGGGAAAUUAGUUUUUCUUUGAAAGCAGUUGCCAUUUUGAAAUCACUGAUACUGGUCACAAACUGCUAUAAUGUCAUGUAUGGAGUAUUUUGCUGAGCACUGUGUUUGAAAAAGGAAUGGCUCAUUUUGAACAGAUAUAUACAUCAUGAAGAGCUAUCGGCAAGUUAAUAAACCAUAUCAUAUAUUUUAAUAUUAUGUAUGUAAAACGUAAGUUUUGUUGGGCAAAGAAAAAAAGCAGAUGUAAUUUUUGUUAUGGCUGUAGUGUGUUCUGACUAGUUCUAAGAAUUGCCAAAUACUUAUUUUUAAGCCAUCAAAUACAUCUAUCCCUUAUAAUUGUAAUGUGCAGUGGACAUUUUAGACAGUCCCUAAUUGUAUGUAGAAUUGAAUGUAAUUGUAAGCAGAUGCCUUCCAAUAAAAUGUUUAUUGAAUUUGUUAA